CCACACACAGCUACAGAGUGACACACGUCCGAACGUUGACACGUACAUACACACGCACACACACACACACACACACACAUAAAUACAUACAUACAUACAUACGCGCGCGCGCGCACACACACACACUUACACACGCACAGACACACACGCUGUUUUAGUGUCCGGUUCGUCGGUCAACGUGCGUUAUGAAGCGCGCGCCUGGAUAACAACCUGUGUGGGUUUUUUUUUUUUUUUUUUUUUCUUUUUUUGGGGGGGGGCGGAAAGUGUCAUUUCAAGCUUGUCUUUUUCUUCUUCCCCGGGUUGAAUUGGAUUUUACUUAUAAUGGUUUUGGAUAUGCACGAACGGGAUGAAGAGAAGUCCUUUCCUGCCCGCCGAAGUAAGAUAAAAUAGGGUUUCAUUCACAGCGGACUUAAUCCUCUCGUUCCCUAUGAAGAAGUCAAAAAUUUGGAUACGUACCUGUGUCCAUUUGUUGCUUUACAUCACAGUUGCUGCCUAUUCGAGUGAAAUCGGAAAUCCCAUAACAGAUGACAUCAAGAAAAUUUCAUUACUGAAACAGAAUAUUCCGAAAGACUACAAGAUCACUGUACAAUAUUUGCCUAAAGAAGUGAGUGGUAUGUGCUGGGUGAAGCUCAACGUAUUCCACUUGGAGGAGAGCUUAAAAGACCUGUCCCAGAAGUUUGGGAAUAUUUCCUCCAACAAAGAUUACAUAGAAACGUUUGUCCAAAUGUUGAAAGAGAUGCGAUAUAUCAUUGGACAUGACUUGGAGAAUUCCAUGCUGGAGUUUCAGUGCCACUACAGAGAGGAGAAAUGGCUCACGCCACGCUAUUUCAAAUUUGUAGAAGACUUUUUCAACACAGCCAAUUCUUCGAGAGAAGUAGAAGACUGCGAACCUCCACCAUGCCCAACGACGAUUAAAACGAAAGUAACGACAACUACAGCAACAGCGGCGCCGACACAGCAACAUUCGCAAGGCGGUAGCUCAUCUAUUGAGAACACAAACCAAAGCGAAGGCUUCAUGAAGCCGAUGACCUUUCCACCAAUUGUGAAGAGGAGUCUCUUUUCGCUCCUUUUCAUUCCCGCCGUCGUUGCCGUGUUGCUGCUCGUCUGGAAGGUGAAAUCUAGAAGAAACACCCCAUCGGCGCAGAGUAGUACAGAAGCCCCGCCGCUGUUUAUCGGAGCCGAGCCCAGCGCACCACCCUUAGAUGAUGAAAUAUCUGAAAACAAACGAUUAAACAUCUGCACAGUGUAACUCAAUCUGAUUGUCUGCAUCACCACCGAUUGUACAGCAGACGAAAAGGCAGCAACUCGAGAUCCACACAUGCAACUUCCUAUUCUCUCAGCUAUGAGGGACAAGUACUGAUCUCCAACGAAGAACUGAAGAGUUACGAUGAUGUUUCUUAGAACAAUGGUCAGACCUUUUCUGUGGUAGGAGGGUGGAGGAGGAGGAGGAGGAGGGGUGUUUGUGAUCGUUGUUCCUUCAGAGGAUUGAUGGCUUAUCGAUGGCUUGACUGUGAUCCAUGCAUGGAGAUCGUACAGGAGGAAAGUGGUGCAAAUAACCCCCCCGUCAGAUCCACCUGAAGAGUGUUAGUUCUGGUUUUGAUGUGAACAGAACGAGCCGGAUCGAACGCGAAGAAGAACGGAAGGCAGAACCGACUACAUCUCGUCCUCUUCCCUCCUGUUUCUUGUUUUGUAGAGUCCUCUCGCUCUUUGCGUCUGAGCUUUGGGCAUCCUACUUGUUCUAAUCCAUAACAGCAAAAAAAUUAUUCUUGUUGUAUCAUCUGAAUUGUGUAUCGUUGUAUUAAUGUCGCUUAACUGGUGGUAUGGACUUAAUUUAUUUAUUUGUUUCUCAGAAUGUUAUAAAAGUGAAAGAUUUUUAUUUUUUAAUUUUUUUGCUGCUCCUUCAUGAGUAGUGAAUGAGAUGAUCGUAGAAGUGCUACGCUUGAAUCCCGUGCUACUUAAACUGCAGUUGUCACACUAAUGCUAGGCCUCGGGCCAUUUAAUUAUUAUCUAAUCUUUCUUACUUUUAAAACCUGUUCACUCCAUUUACAGAAUUCAUUACAGAUGCAUCAGCUAGCCUUACAAGAGUCACAUUGUUGUGAAUCAUGAGUUCAACCCAAGAUUCACUUCAACUUUCAAUUCAGUUUCACACACUAGUGUGAUAUUUUAAAUAUCAUAGAUAAACUUUAAUGGCUGCCAGUCUUACAGGACAAUCAACAUAUUGAUCAACAUAUUCUGUUUCCUAAUAGUUUAUAAUUUAUGUUAUUACAUUUUAAUAAAUGUUAUUAAUAGCUGAUCCAGUUCUCAAAAAAAACAAGGCAUGUGUAUAUUUCUGCGCCACAAAAACUAAAUGCAGAAGUAAUUUACAUUUUUUACUAUAGUUCAAUAUCACAUGCAGCUGUAUCUUUUCGCUCGGAACAUUUCACAAAAGGCCAUGUAUCUGAUAUCUUAAAUUAGGAUUUAACUUUUUUAAUCCUGUGCCUUUUGUUAAAGCAAGUCCCAAUUACACUGAUCCUGGAGAGUCUGUGUGUACGUGUGCAUGAGCGUGCGAUAGCAGAGCAUUCAUUAAAACACUGUGUAACACUUAACAUCAAGGUUCCCUUAACUAAUACUAAUCAAAUCAAAUCAGUGAGUCAAAUCAUUUGGUUCACCAAGGACCACAAGUCGAAUCUUUCGAGUCCCAGACAACCAUUUUGUUCUAAUCCAGACCAUAUAUAUAUAUAUAUAUAUAUAUUCUCCAUCUAUAAGACUAAUAGUAGGUACAACGUGAAUUAUACAAUGUUUGUUAAAUGCACAUUGAGUUUUACUUGUGGGUGGAGUAAGGCAUGAGUAAGGACUAGGGCUGCAACUAACGAUUAUUUUUAUAGUCACUUAUUUCUUUGAUUAAUUGAUUAGUUGGAUUAAAAGGCCAUUUUUUAUUUUCUGUAUUUUUUCGAGAGAAAAAAAACAUUAUUUCACAUUCUGCCCAAUGUUGUCCUUCAAACAUUGUGCAAAUUGAAGGUUAUAAAAAAGGUAUUAAAUGUAUCUAUGUGGGCUAAGCUAUACAUUGUGCAAAGGAUUUUAUAUAUAUAUAUAUAUAUAUAUAUAUAUAUAUAUAUAUAUAUAUAUUAACAUUAUAUUUUGAUAACAAAAAAACAACUGAUUGUCCACAAGCUUUAAAGCAGAAGUUAAAUCACUAUAUUAAAAUGGUAAAAAAGAAAAGCAAAAGCACAAACUAAGUACUAACUGGUAAGAGAUGUUCUGCAGUAACACACACAUUCACUCAUCUGAACAUAGUAACAUGUUACUUUAUUCUGUAAAUGUAUGACAUUUCUUACAUUUAUAUACAAUUACAUGUUAUAAACCCAUUACAGUUACUGCUCUCAUAAAAACACCAUUACUUUUGUUUCUAAAUAUCGCUAAAUAUAGAUCAACAUAUUUGAUCAAAAUGAAUAUUUUAGUCAGAGUUAUUGUGCUUCCUUUCUAUUGCACGCUGUUUGAGUGAGGUUUAACGGAGACUCGCUUGCUGUCAGGACGAGCAUUUUUGUCAAAUGGAAAUACUGACGUGAAUUUCUAACAUUUACAGAUAAGGAUAUAAAUGUAAAAAUGUAAUUUCUCCUCUGAAGAAAACAUGUCUGGAACACAUUAAACAGCACACACAUCUGCCACAGCAUCUGACACGACAAGCCACGUUAAUACACUUACGGGUUUGUUUGAAGUGCUUAAUAUAAAACAUUCUCAUGUUUUGGACGAUCUGGAUUGUGCACUUUUCCCGCAGCAGCUCACUCUGUGACCUCCGCUAUUUCUCAGAUGUGCGCAGAAAUGCGUUUUACACCAUUUCACCAUUGUGAAGUGACGUCACAGACCCAAUUAAUCCAUAAUGAAAUUUGGUGUCAAUUAAUUUAAUGAUCAAUUAUUGUCGAUUUUAUCGUUUUUUUUUUUGUUGCAGCCCUAGUAAGGACUAAAAAAAAAACUCGGGGGGGAUAUGCUCUUUCAGGAAAAAUAAUCAACAAAAUUGCAGAAAGUUAAUCAUUUUCCUUUUACAUCACCUCCAAAAAUGUUUUAUGUCGGGGUUUUGUGCUGACGAUUACAAUUUUCAGAUUUUUUUUUUUUAAUUAGCAUUUUUUGAGCUUUUUAACAAAUUAUAGCUACAUUUAACAUUGUGGAAUGUCUACAAAGAAUUGUUAACUCAACAGCCAGUCUUCUGUGCAUAAAGACAAAAAACACCAUGUUACCGAGACACCGCAAAAAGCGUAAAGUCCUCCUUCCUGAAUAUGAGCGCCGACACUGGAGACUCCUUCCGUAAAGCUUACAUUAAUGUAACUUCAUCAUGUCGGCGAUGACACACUGUUCUUUGUUGAACAGCAAGACGUUUUCGUAAUUCGUUCGCCCUAGAUUACGUAGUGCGUCCGCCUGUGAUUGAGUUGUUACUUUGGAAACAAUAAUUAUUAGAAUGAAUUCAUUAUAAACCUGCGAUUUGAAUUAUUCUUGAAAAUGAGCCACCUUCAGAUGAAUAUUAACCAUAAAUAUUGCUUCUGGCUUAUAAAGCCUGUAAAUAAUGUUAGUUAUGUAAACCCUUGAAGUCAAGUGUUACCAAACAGUGUUUCAGUUUGCUCCUCUCAAGUUUGCUCCUAGCUUCAGGCUCAGUAUGACUCAUCUCCAGCAUGCUGUUGUCUGUUCAUGAAUGCCAGAAAUGUGCAUGCUCUUUUCUGUUCUUAUUCUCAUCCUCAGAACUAAUCUGUACAUAUUGAUUUUGUAACAGCUAUCGACAACAUACUACACUUUAACACAUUUCAGAUGCAGCUCUGUGAUUUGUUAUAUUUUUCUUCAUACCCAGAAUGAUCCUGCGUUCUCUCAUUGGUUGUAAUGAUCUGUGUGGGAAUGACCUGAGCUGCUGCUUCAAUGCAUUUUUGCCACUUUUAUAAUAACUUAUAAAUGUAAAAAUCUGUUCUCCUGAUCCCCAUACAUGACAACUAAGUUUCCUCUCAAGGACGGCCUGGAACAACACCAGGAAGUCUGAAAUUGAAAUCUGUCCGUUAUUGAACGUUUACAGCCUUAUAUUCAUUACGGCAGCAACUCAAAACUGUUUCUUUUUGUAUACAUUUUUAAAACUACCCUCUUUCACCAGAACUAAUCAACGUAUUGACUUCUAUAUCAGUAAUGGAAUUAGGACGACAAGGUUGCGUGCGAACUAUUUACCCAUCGGACGUGAAAUAUGUUUAGAAAUUUUGCAAUACUGCUUUUUAUAGUUGUAGAAAAAAAACCUUAGAAGUGUGUAUGCGCAUGUUGUUUGAGAAGUGUCAUGUUGUGUUUCACUUGGCUUAGUUUUGAUGUUAACGCCUGUGUUUGUGUGUGUGUGUGUGUAUGUGAGUGUGUAUGUGUGUGUCUCAUCAGACAAAAAAAAUGUUAACAAGUCACAUUCAGGAGCAAUGCAUGAAUGUGGUUUCAUUGUUCUUUGCAACUGUGGAAAAAAAAUUAUAAAAAAAAACAACACAACCACAUGUAACACGUUAAGAAGAAUAGUUUUACCAGAACACUAAUCAUCAUAGACGUUUUUACAGUUGUUAUUGCAUAUUAUUUUCAUUUUGUUGGUGUGGAGAUAGGCCUAAGCUGUGAAACCUUAUAUGAUGGCAUCCUCUUUUUUUUCUUUUUUUAAAUCGACCCACCUAAGAGCCUCUGACCUCGAACCUGUGGACAGCAUGAGAUAUGUGACAUGCCACGGACUUAUUGAGGGCUGUCAUGAAUCUGAGACUUAUUUCUGCCACAUAUGUAUAAGAACAUUUCAUCCAGGACAAAUCCUCAUGUCUGGACAAGAGGUAAAGUCCUUCGUAGAUUCACAGGAACGAGAAGAGAAACUCAUGUGGCACACAUCAUCUGCAGUAAAAUCCCUGUUCCUGCACAUUUGGACUGUCAUGCAGUAAGAAGGCUCUUAGUCAAGGAAGAUAGUCAGGGUGCCAAAAGCAAAUAAGUAAUUGUGGCCCAGGUGAUGUGAUAUCUGGGUGACAGUCUACUGUAUUCUGUAUUUUUAUAUGAAUAUAUGCAUAUAAUGAAAAUAUAUGUAUGAGAUGUGAAUAAAGUUCAUUUAUCCAACAUUG